GAAAGGGGCGCCGCCCGCCGGCCGCUAGCGCGGCUGAUGCCGGGCGUUCUUCACCUCCUCUCUUUAGGGUCCCAGGAAGAAAGCGGGCGAGCUUCGUGCAGCCGGGCUGCGCUUCCUUGCGCGUCUGUUCCCCAAAUAGGGCCUCCCAUCCCCCGUCGCCCGCGCACCUGCGUGGGCCCGGCGCGCGGUCUCCGCGGGUUGGCCCUGCAGCGGCGCCCACACUCGGUGUAGCAUCCCUGCCCCUGUCCCCGGCCCCUGCCCGGUCGUCCCGCCGCCGGAGCGGUGACCGCCUGGCCCGCCGUUCCUCCGCUGCCACCGCUGCCGGCACCAUGGGCAGUGAGCAGAGCUCCGAGGUCGAGAGCCGACCCAACGAUCUGAACUCCUCAGUGACCCCUUCUCCAGCAAAGCAUAGAGCCAAGAUGGAUGAUAUUGUGGUUGUAGCUCCAGGCUCCCAGCCCUCACGGAACGUCAGCAACGAUCCCGAUGUCAUCAAGUUGCAAGAGAUUCCAACCUUCCAGCCGCUUUUGAAAGGGCUAUUGAGUGGCCAGACUUCCCCAACAAAUACCAAAUUGGAGAAAUUGGAUUCUCAGCAGGUGUUACAGCUCUGCCUUCGAUAUCAGGAUCAUCUUCAUCAGUGCGCAGAGGCCGUUGCCUUUGAUCAGAAUGCUUUGGUUAAACGAAUCAAAGAGAUGGAUUUGUCUGUAGAAACUCUCUUCAGCUUCAUGCAAGAGCGCCAGAAAAGAUAUGCCAAAUACGCGGAGCAGAUCCAGAAAGUCAACGAGAUGUCGGCCAUCCUCCGCCGCAUACAGAUGGGCAUUGACCAGACUGUGCCCCUGAUGGAGCGGCUCAACGGCAUGCUGCCGGAGAGCGAAAGGUUGGAGCCCUUCAGCAUGAAACCAGAGCGAGAGCUCAAGCUCUAGAGCUGCCUCUCCCCUCCGGCCAGGCUGUUGUUCUGUGGGAGCAGAGCCUGGCACCGCCAAUGCCCUGAGGACGUUUGGAACCAAAGUCCCAGGAGGUGACUGGAUCGUGAAGCUGUUUGGAGGCUCUGGGACUCCCGGAAGGGCUGUGAAGCGGCCCGGCUGGCCUGCAAAUCUGAUCCUGCCCCGCCUAUCCCCUUUCCUUGAUGCAUUUUUCCCUUUGCAAAACGAACCAAACUAAUUCUCGGUGCUAACCGAAGUUGGAGCAUUUGAAUUAUUAGGAAUUUAUUACAGAACUGUCGGGAAUUCUUUUUAUUUUGUUUAGAUUUUUUUUUUUUUAAUCGAGAGUGUAUAUUGUCAAGUCUAGCUUGCAGAGUGAAACUACAGAGAGAAGGGGAGAAAUGUUUUAAGAAGCUCUGUGUCCUCGAUGCCUUCGUGAAAUUUUACUCAGUAGGCUUUCCACAUUAUGAAUUGUAAACAUAAAGAACUAAUUUAAUCUAA